AGCUUCCCGGGGGUGGAGCUGCUCCAGCACAGGUGACAGGGCUGAGCCCCAGGCCCUGGGGAGCCCUGCUCCAAAACCAAGCAUAAAGCAACCUGCCUUCACCUGGGCAGCGAAUUCACCUUCCUAAAAAAUCAGGAUAUUGCCUGCCCACCCCGCCACCACCACCAAGCAAAGCUGGCUAUGGCGAGCAUGGACUGUCCAGGGAAGGAAGGCGUGGGGGGCAGGAAGAGGAACUUGGCCCUGCUGAGGAGCAAGCUGUACAUGGGGGAGAGGAGAAGGACAGAGCCUGUGGUGGAGAGCACUGCUGUCACCGGGGACCACAGCACCUUGAGGAGGAGUCAGUCUGACAGGACAGAGUACAGCCAGAAAUUACAAGAAAAAAUGGCCCCACAGGUGGGGUCCUCAGCCCCUGCAUCUUCACCACAGGAGGAUGAAGAACAAGUUAGCAGACGGAUGAUGGCCAAGAGGGUGAAAAUCAUCACAGAACUCAUGCAGACAGAGAAAGACUAUAUCAGCGACCUGGAUCUUUGCAUCAAGGAAGUGAUUCAGCCCCUGAGAAACAAGCAGAUUGCUCGCUUUGACGUGGAUGGUUUGUUUAGCAACAUUGAACUGGUCCAUCAAGUAUCAGCCAAACUGCUGUCAUUGUUGGAGGAAGCCACGACAGAUGUGGAACCACCCAUGCAAAUAAUCGGGGAAGUGUUCUUGCAGAUUAAAGGCCCACUAGAAGACACAUAUAAAAUCUACUGCUAUCGCCAUGAUGAUGCACACACCAUGCUGGAAUCCUAUGAAAAGGAUGAAGAACUGAAGCAGCAUUUAAGACACUGUGUACAGUCCUUAAAAAAGAUAUAUGAGGAAGAAGGAAAGCCAAAUCUAAUGGACAUGGGAUCCCUGAUGAUCAAACCAGUGCAACGGGUGAUGAAAUAUCCCUUGUUACUCUGUGAACUCUUGAAUUCAACUCCUGCUUCUCACCCUGACCACAAGGUGCUACAAGACGCCCUUUUCGCUAUGAAAAACAUUAAUGUCAACAUCAAUGAACUUAAAAGGAGGAAAGAUUUAGUGCUGAAGUAUAAGAGGAAUGAUGAUGAUGAAACCCUUAAAGAAAAGUUUUCCCGACUGAAUAUCCACUCCAUUAGCAAGAAAUCCAAGAGGGUCACCAGUCAUCUGAAAAUACUGACAGGGGGAGAACCUCAGGUGAAAGAUCAAAAUUUUAAUAAGGAAGAAAAAUUGUUUCGAAGUUUAGAGAAGACGGUGAAAUUGUGUGUGAAGAAUAUUUCACUCUCUUCGCAACAUCUACAGGAUUCUAUGCAUCUGGCUGCACAGAAUAUAAUUGGGCUUCAGGAAAUCUUGCAAGACAAAGACAAUGAAGUCAAUGACUGUUUAAAAAAACGGAACAACACUGCAAAUCUCUGUGAAGACCUUAUGGCUCAGAUGGACAAGCUUGUUUUGACUCCUCUUUCAGCACUACAAGCCUUAUUCUCAGGCCCACAGAAGCUCAUCCAGAAGCGCUAUGACAAGUUGUUAGACUACAACAGCUACCUUCAGAGGUCAACAGGAGAAGAGCCAGACCUAGCAAAGAAAGACUAUGAGGCUCUAAAUGCACAGCUAGUGGAAGAACUUCAGGUAUUCAACAAAGCAGCCAAAAAGAUUGUGUUGAACUGCCUGCAUUGCUUCAUCACCCUCCUCAGGAAUAUUAUGUCUGCAGCACUUCAAUCAAAUUCUGCUGUGGUGGUGCCUGUUCCACUGUCUUUCUCAAGCAUCUGUGAAGUGCAGAAUCAGUUGAUGGAGGAGGUUCACAAGCUGAAUUUUGUAAAAGAAAACAGCAGUGCAACGUUCAUUGAGAGAAAAUUGAGCUUGGAAAAAAAGAAACCUGUCCCUUCUCCACUCGAAUCCCCACGUCAAACAGAAGGCCAAAGGUCCAAGCUGUUGUCUACGUACAGCAUAGAACUGAUAUACCAAGCUAAGCGCAAGUGCAAUGCCACGCAGGAAUUUGAUAUUGAUUUACAUGAAGGAGAACUGGUGGCUGUUGUGGAGCAAAAGGACCCCUUUGGAACUACGAGCAGAUGGCUUGUUGACACAGGAAUCCUUAAAGGGUAUGUGUAUUCCUCCUUCCUGAGGCCUUACAAUCCAGCCAAAGCACAGAAGGAUAUAGCAGAAAACAACUUUGGUGAUGAUGAUUUUGAUAACAUCAGCCUCUUCGUUUCUUCACGGCCCUCUACUGACAGCAGCACAAGAGGUCCAAGGCACAAGGAGAGUGACAGCAGCUCAUCUCUUCAUUUCUGUGAAAAUUCCAUGAUUAACGGCACAGGGACUGAUGCUUUUCAGGAUAUGGAUGACCAGCAUGGAGUAUUUUUAAGUUGCCAUUGAUAACCUGGAAUGCAAAAAAUGUCCAAGCCAAUGAACAGCAUGGUGUCUCUGGCCCUGACCUCUGGCACCUGUGUGCUUCACCAUCUUCCCUCUGCUUGGACCGUGCUUGUGAACCUUAAGUAAGGAUUCACCUUUUCAAUGCAAACACAGAUUGAAGAAUUAUUCCUUCUGACUUUUCAUCUUAGGAAGCUUCACUCAAUAAUUACCUCCUUCAAACACUGAAGUAUAUUUUGCUGUCAUUUUAAGAUAGCUUGUGAAAAUGCAGAUCUAUGAAGUGGACCUAACACCUCCAAUAGGAAACAUAGCCAUGACAACACUUGUGCCUGUAGAUCUAUUACUCAUAAUUCCUCUUACAAUAUUGUUUGUUCAGAA